UAUUGGUCCGAUGGAGGCGGCUGGAAAGUCGUGAUUGGGCGCUCCUUUACUGCAAACAUGGCGGCCGCCGCUGCGGGCCGAGCGGUCGGAAGCAAGCUGGGGCUCCGUGAGAUUCGCAUCCACUUGUGCCAGCGUUCGCCGGGCAGCCAGGGUGUGAGGGAUUUCAUCCAGCAACGGUACGUGGAGCUGAAGAAGGCGCACCCCAGCCUGCCCAUUCUAAUACGCGAAUGUUCGGAGGUGCAACCCAAGCUCUGGGCCCGCUACGCUUUUGGCCAAGAGAAGAAUGUGUCUCUGAACAACCUGAGUGCUGAUGAGGUAACCAGAGCCGUGGAGAAUGUGCUGAGCAAAGCCUGAAGUGUCUUCACUGAAGACUGUGAGCAAGGGCACCAGAACCUGGGCUCUGCUGGACUGAACACAAUGUGGGAAAGUGUGCUCUUCCGUUCCUUAUAAAGCUUAUCGCUGAA